CUCAACAAAUAAGCAUCUUCUGCAGUCGAUUCUCGGCAUCUAAAAUCAGAUCCUUCACCCCGCUUGCUUGAUCCAACGGCUGACAGUCAUUCUCGCAUCCUCUUAAAGACCACCCACCAACAAAAACUUAUCACGAGGUCACCGGGUCAUAAACAUAAACACAAAAACAAAUCUUUGAUACACACGAGACGAGUGGUUAAAACAUGAACGUCUUAGAUUCUCGGCUGGAAGCUUUGGCUUUCAAUUAUGUGAGCUUUGGGAUCUUUACAGUGGUGAACAAUCUGUGGACAUGGGUGGCUCUUCUCACUGCAGCUGUCAGCUUCUGGAGAAUCAAAACUGCUGGUCUCAAAUCGGAGCAGCCACGAGUACUGUCUUCAGCUAUUUGCAUUGACACGCAUAAUAAUAACGACGAGGCUCGGCCUGAAACAUCGCAACCGGAGUCACCACCUUCCCCAACUCUUUCAUUUUCAGAUACUGCUUCAUCUUCGUCUUUGUCUUCGAGACUAUCCAUUUUCGAAAAUGACGGUGUUUCUAAAGGGAAGUUUGUAAUGUAUUAUGCAGGUGAUAGAGAAAGUGAUGGAAAUUGUGACGGUGAUGGGUGCACGGUGGUCGGAGUGUGGGGUUGCGGUGGGUCUGAAGAGUGGCCGGAGAGAAUAGUGUUAAGGACUAGAAUGAGUGAGAUGGGAUGGUACAGGAAUCAGGACUUGACGGUGUUUAACGGUAACGUUGUUAGAUUAUGGGAUGAGGUUAGGAAUGGGAACUGUAGCUCAGGCUGUGCUGUUUGGUAAUGGUUAGGUGGGGGGUUAGAGUAUAAUUUAGAAGCUUAUUUAGCUUCUUGAUUAAAGUUUUUCUUUUUCCCAAAAUGUAAAUAUAUUUGUGGGUUAGAGAAACCUUUUGAAACAAAGGAAUAAUAGUCUGUUCUAUGUUUCUAUUAA